AACACAGAGCAGGGCUCUGAGGUUAUCAGCUCUUCUUCACCUGUGGCGGUUAACCGCUUUGCUGAUGAAAGGUCCUCCAUCAGGAGAUUAGGAAAGAGUCCGCUGAGGUUACGCGCAGAAAGUCACUCUGCGGAGCGCGGCCUUGGUUUCCAUGGCAACUGCGGCUCUCUGCCCAGAGAGGCCAGAGUUCACGCUGUUCCCCGCGCCAAAGGAAGCCCCAUGCACACCUUCAAGAGCGUGGAAAUCACCAACGUGUGAAGGAGAGGUGGUCUCUGUUUACAGCGUGGUGGCGUUGCCGGCUCUUUUAAAGGUUUCGCUAACGUUAUUCUGUAGAUCAGAUCUACGUCUGGAGGCGGACAUGAUGCACCUGAUGUGGCCGUUGUACAUUACGGUUCGUACGGCCAGUAUGUGUUCCAGUCGAAAUAUAUGUGGGGGCAACAACCAGCCCAACAGAACCAGGUCCGAGUCCAGAAGAUCAGGGGCCCACUACGCGCUGUGCGCCCUGGGAGUGGGACUUGUUGCCCUGGGGAUCGUUAUGAUCGUCUGGACCAUGAUUCCAGAAGAUAAGUCCCCAUCUGGAAACAGUACUGCAACCCCUGCACAGGAUGGCCUACAGAACGUCUCACCAGUCGCUCUGGUUCUGGUCGGAGUGGGAAUGGUCAUGCUGCUGCUGUCUGUUUGCCUCGGUCUGAGGAGCAAGAGGAGAGAUCAGAACCAAAACGUCCAGCCAGCGACAGCAGGAAGCGGCUUCCUGGACCACAUCGCAGGAGAGGAUCAGGACCCGGAGUCGUACAACGUGCCCAGCUAUGAUGAGGUCGUCGCCAGCGGCAACUACCCCGUCCGCCAGAGCAACCUGAGGCAGAGCAUUUCUCAGCUGCCGUCCUACGAAGACAUUCUGGCAGCUGUGGAAAACGAGGACUCCCGGCCCGCCAACAACUCCUCGGAGAACAGCCCUCUGAAUGACCAGACGCCCGCUGCUGCCCGGUCGUCCGCCGAGCCGUCCGGCAGCCUGCCGACCCGCAGCGUCAGCCGGGCCAGCCGCUUGCUGAAGCCCCUCAGAGUAAGACGGAUAAAGUCAGACAAACUGCACCUGAAAGACUUCCGCCUCCAGAUCCGCACCCCCACGCAGAACCCAGUGACCAUAGAGCCCAUCACGCCGCCCCCGCAGUACGAUAACAACAUGCCUGAAUUACAGUAAUGGCUCAGCCUCCUGGCUUCCCAAUUGGCCUGCGGCUGAUUAAAAAUAUCUAAUGGAUUUUGAGGACUGGCGGUGAUGUUUCUGAGAGCUGGUUUUAAGGGCGCCGUGAAGUAGGCAGAUGUGCCGGUUGGGCAGGAUGAUGAUGAUGGAGACAGACACACUCCGGAAACGAGAACACUUUCCGCUUUAUCAAUGAAGCUUCGGGUCGGCUCAUCAGCUCCGUCAUCACACAUUAAUGCUUCAGGAACAGAGCAGGACAGCAUUUCAGUUUUAUUUAUUACUCACAUAAGAUGCAUUUCAACUAAGAUAUGUUGUUGCUUUAGUUCGUAAAAUGGAAGCAAGAGUCGUGUAGAGGGAGAAACGGGAAAUCAUCCAGCAGAUAUUUAACUCUCUUAGUUUGAGAUGUAAAAACUGUGAUGAAAAGAAGUGAGGACCCAGAUAACUUUUGACCCUUGUUGCUGAGAUAUUUACUUGUUUUUUUUAUACAUAUAAGUGUUUAAAUCUUAAAGAUUAUAUGUUUUAAUAUUUUAAAGUGGUGGUGAAUAAAUGUUUUCCUUAUUUAGUUUCUGUUUGAUUAUGCUGUAAACUUAUGUUGCAGAAUUUAAUAAAAGAUGGCUGGUGACUUCUUUUUUUUUUAUCAUUUGCUUGUAAAAUUCAAGUAAAAGUCAAAUUUGGGUAGUAAAAUUUGCACAAGUUUUAGGGUUUUUCCCCCAACAAAUCAAAUUUAAGGUACUUUUCCGCCCUCUAGUGGUAGAAAUGUUAAUCUUUCUGAUCCAGCUCCCUGUUGAUGUGAAAAUAUAGUUUUUAAAUGAGUAAAUGUGUUUAGAGCAGCACCUUUUUUUUUUCUUUUUUUUUUUUAGCACCUGCUACUUUUGGGGGUUAAAUGGGUUUUGUUUAUUUAUUUUUUUAGAUCAGUGAUGUUAAUUACAAGUUUUCUUGGCUUGUUUUGUAUUUAGCUCCAUCAAGUCUGACCAGUUCCUGCAGAACAGAAACAUUCACGCAGCAUGAUGCAGCCACCAUUUGCGCUUGUAAAAAUAUGUUGUACGCUCGUAAAAAUAUUAUAUCGUUUCAGAAAAUGCCGGUAGUUUACUGCAGGUGAUCAGAGCAUGUCUGAUGUGAAUGCUCCUCUGAUUAACGCUUUCCUUGGAGACGAUGGAUUGAAAUGUCUCUUUAAGAUGUUGAAGGUUUGGUGAAAUGUUUAUUAAUUUUAUCCUGCUGAAAUCUUCUUCAUCUACGACUUUUCUGCUCUUUCCUCUACCAACCUCUGACGUUUCCCACGUCAGCUGUAUUUACACAGACAGAUGUAAUUUAAUCUAAAAGAAAUUCCACUGGAUUUUAUUUUGAAGCUUCAUGAUUUAUUUUAUUUUAUAUUAAAGGUUAUGAAUAAGU